AUAGAAAAGAAGAAAAAGUAUAUAAGUCAUUAUGGAGAUACAGACAUUUGUUUUCUUUGAUCUGGAAACAACUGGUCUCAUCCGAGAGAAGGAUAUGCCAAAAAUCACAGAGAUCGCUUUAAUUGCUGUUUCACGAGAAUCUAUAUGUAACUGCAAUGGAAACUCGCUGCCAAGAAUCUUGCAGAAACUAGUGAUCCCAGUUAAUCCGCAGAAAAUCAUACCACCAAAUGUAGAGCAUAUGACAAAGCUGUAUAACGAGAACAUGCAACUGCUUCAGCCAUUCGAAAGCGGACUCUACGAGUUGAUAAUGCACUUUUUACAACGUCUCACACCACCGAUUUGUUUCGCGGCGCAUAAUGGUGACAAGUUCGAUUAUCCAAUAUUUUUAGGGGAACUCGAACAAAUCAAUAAGGUAAUUGAUUUACAUAAUAGCUUUUUCAUGAUCUUUAUUUCGUUUAAUAAUAAUUCCCUUUUUUCCUCAUUAAAGAUACUUAAUAACGAAAUUCUCUGCAUUGAUACAUUGAAGAUGUUCCAAAAUUUCUUUAUGAAAAGAGAGUUGGAACCAAAAGUAAUCCAAGACUUAUUAAACGACGAGUACAAUGACUCACUUUCCACAUUGGAUAUAGAUGUAAAUAUGGAUAUAGAGACGCUAGAAGAGUCCAGCAUUGUCGCGACGAUGUCCACUGCACAGACAGCAUUUCCUUGGGACAAUAAAUAUAACGUAAUGGUAAAUGGAAAAGUAAAAGAGUAUAAAAAUCACGUUGAUGCCCAAUCUUCGAGGAAUCCAAUACAAACAGCGAAUGAAAAAACUCCAAAAAAUCAAAUAAUGAAAUUAGAAAAUGUCUUUCCACAACGACCAUCAAAAAAAAAUAAUCCGAAGAAAAAAUUAAAAUUCGAAUGUGAGAAGCCGAUUAGCUUGAAACUCCCUGAUAUUUAUGGAUACAUGUUCAACUCUGACUUCUCGCAUCAUUCAGCUGAGGCAGACUGUCUCGCUAUGAUACGCUGUGCCAUCAACAUUGCUCAUUUCUUCCUCGAUUGGUCAGAUAAUCACGCAAGACCGUUGAUUUGCUGCAAAAAAACGUAAUGCAAUAUUGUUAAUUAAUAAUGGAUAAAAUAGUAGCAUGAAAAAAUAUAGUAUAAAAAGAAUAUGUGCAAAUUGUCAUGAAUUUAAAGUGCAAGAUUAGUGCAAGGCUCGUGAAAUUUGAAGUAUUAUUUUGUUUAAUGAAUAAUAUUUUACUUAAAUAUCAUUAGGAAUAUACUUCUCUCCCCAUUAAUAAUAUAAAAAAUGAGAAAUUAUUGUUAUGAGAUGUGGCUAAUAUGGGAUGAGAGAUCAGGUGCCUUAAUUUUAUAUUAAUUAUUUAUUAAAUUAAAUAUAUAUUCUUAAAUUGCU